UGGCUUUUUCGAAGAAAUGGUAAAAGUUUUUUCUGAGAAAUUUCAUGAUGAUCCGGAUUGGUUUUUACUUGGUGAAACUCAUGGAGCCAGAGAAUUAAAAAAAAUGGUUGAUAAAAUCUGUUUUGAGUCAUUUGAACUACUCUAUCCCAGCACUUUCCAAGAAUGA